AGUCAAUAAUAUUGCUGUUCGCUGUAACCUUCGGUCUCACUAUUUCCUUCGUGCUUCUCAAUUCCCCAAGCUCGACUCCGACUAAGACGAAACCCGACCCGAUGGCACGGAGCUUCGUACUGUGGUUGCAUGGGUUGGGCGAUUCGGGCCCCGCUAACGAACCAAUCAAGACGUUUUUCGCUUCACCCGAUUUCAGCAACACCAACUGGUCCUUCCCUUCCGCCCCUUCUAAUCCUGUCACCUGCAAUUAUGGUGCUAUGAUGCCUUCCUGGUUUGACAUUCACGAGAUACCUGUGACAGCUACUUCUCCGAACGAUGAAAGUAGUGUUCUCAAAGCAGUUCAGAAAGUCCACGCGACAAUAGACAAAGAGAUAGCAGCUGGAACCAACCCUAAAAAUAUCUUCGUGUGUGGAUUCAGUCAAGGAGGUGCCUUGACAUUGGCCAGUGUUCUGCUGUAUCCACAAACUCUGGGCGGAGGUGCAGUAUUUAGUGGAUGGGUUCCGUUUAGUUCCUCAAUUCUUGAACGGGUUACACCAGACGCGAAAAAGACACCUUUCUUGUGGUACCACGGAAUGGCUGACCGAACCGUACUAUUCGAAGCUGGACAAGCAGGUCCACCGUUUCUUGAAAAGGCUGGUGUGAAGUGUGAAUUCAAGGCUUACCCUGGUCUUGCUCAUUCGAUAAGUGAUGCUGAGCUUUUUGAUCUUGAAGAAUGGAUCAGUUCCCAUAUUCAGAGUUCAUCUUGAGGGUCCAGAUUAGCCCGCCCCGCAUCGUGCGGGCUGAAAUUGUUUAAGGCAUCUCCAGUGCAUUGUAUGUAUUCUUCUGAUUUAUAAAUAUGCUGCCUCGUCCAUGGUGGUGAAUUAGUAUUUGUGACACCUUUUUACCAACUUAGAGUUAAUUGCAAAACUUCCAUUGUAUUGUUUUUAUUAGCAUAAUAACCCCUCAAUGUUGUAUUUCUUAUUUUGAAUUGCUAAAAACGUUUACACUACUAUUAAUUUCUUUUAUUUAUUUUUUCGUCAA